AUUUAUCUAUUUUUGUUUCCACGAAUGACUCUGUCUGUGUCUCUGUCUCUGAGGGUCUCUCUUUGAAGCAAUAGCUUUGUGUUGAGUCCCAUUCUUUUGGAGUUCUGGUUCUCAAAAUCUUCAUUUUCAAGGAGCUAAUCUUCUGGGAAGCUCUCAAAUUCUCUGCUUUUGUUGAUUCUCAAUUGAAUCACUUCUGAGAAAGUGCUUUCAAUUGAAUGCCUCUGCUCCCUGAAUUUGCUACCACUUUGCUGCUCUCAAGAGAAUACUAUAACUUUUGACUUGACCAGUUAACAACCAGGGCAAAAGGACAAGAGACGAUAGAAACUCACUAUACUCACUGAAAUAGUGAGAUUCUUGAGGUGACUUGCUGUAUCUUAUUUCGUACCAGCAGCAUUCAGCCAUGGGCUGCCUGGUGUCAACUCCAAAGGACUCUGGUGAAAAUAGAAGGAAGCCGGGGAGUAUUGGGGAAGUUUCAGUAUAUGUUCCCGGUCUUAGAAUUCCUAAAACUGUUGAUUUUGCUCAGCCACUUGGUGAUUAUUUGUCCAAGAAUAUCGUGGAACGCCUAUCUGCACUUAGAACGCGUAUAGUUGUAAUGGCUAGCCAAGAAGGUCCUACAAUUACGAGAACAAAAAGAAAAAGUACUACCCAUCAUGGAGGUUCAAUACUGGCUGAUCUUCUGCAGGCUCUUGAAGAUUACUUGCCAGUUCUUCUGGGAUUAGUUAAAGAUGGAAUCCAUUUACAGUACAAAAUACAAUUUUCUUGGGUUAAUCAAGAGGAUGAUAAAGAGGAAACAACCAUGUCUACUGCUUGGUAUGAGGUGUUAUCAGUUUUGCACUUGAUGUCAAUGCUAUUACUAUUACAGGCUAAUUUGUUACUGCUUCCGAGAUCAUCCAGUGAUGGAUAUCAGCUGAAAGUAUCAGAAGAAAGCAGACGAGCUGCUAUUGAUAUCUUUUUAAAGGCUGCUGGAUAUCUAGAUUGUGCUGUCAAACAUGUUCUUCCACAGUUACCUGCAGAACUCAGAAGAAAUUUACCAGUAGACCUAUCAGAAGGAGUUCUUCGAGCACUAAGUCUACAAGCAUUAGGACAGGGUGUAGAUAUACAACUUGGAAUGGCAAUUGAUAGUGCCAAAGCCACUCUUGCAGUUAAGCGUAGACUAGCAUGUGAGAUGGUGAAAUGUUGGCAACAGGCUCAAGAUAACAUUACGAACCUUCCGUUAGUAAAUGGUUGGGGUGAAAAACAUCGUCAUUUUGUGAAAUGGAAAUAUGUUGAAGCAAAGGCUGCAGCGUAUUAUUAUCAUGGCUUGAUUCUUGAUGAGGGAAAUACUGAGAAAUCUCAUGGGAUGGCUGUAGCUGCUUUGCAAGCAGCAGAUGAAUAUUUCAAAGAAAGCAAGAAGUUUUGUGAGGCAUUCAACAUGGCACCUCCAUUAUCAAGAAAUCCACCACUGUGGGGGACCAUGAAAUAUCUGUCUGAAAAAAUCCCCAAGGAUACUUCAAGCAAGGUGCGAAUAAACCGUGAUCUGUAUUCGUAUGAAAGGAUCAUGGAAACAGCACCCACAUUGCCUGAUUUUUCCUUGGCCUUGAAGCCAGAUGAGUAUCAACUUCCUCCAGUGGAUUCCUGUUGGAGAACGGAGAACAUAAAAGGCGAAGAAACUCAUCCUAAUAACCAUCUCAAGGGUGACAAAUGAUCAAACAAAAUUAAUCAUCAGACAUCAAAGAAAUGUUGGCCUGCCUGAAAGAUGCCAGUCAAAGAAUGGUGUUUUUCCAUUUCUUGUCAAUAGAAACAAUAAUUAGUUUAUUUGUGUUUAUUCCCUACCUUCUUUUACUUCACAUGUUAAUUUCUUCUCUACCCCAUAGUAUUUGAAAGAUGCCUGCAAAUGUAAGUUGGCCACAGAAGGGAAACAAAGGGUCUUCCUGCAGAUACCCUAUAUUAAAGGCAGUCACAUAUCAAUUUGUUAAACUAAAUUUUUAUAAGUGAUCUUGUGUAAAAUUGACUUGUGCAUUAAAGAGAAAGAAGUAUUAUCUCCUUUAAAAGUUAUCCAA